AUUCUCCAAGCGUUUGUUCUGUUUUUCUUAUUUCGUCGUCGGCCUCGCAGUACGAAAUAUAAGCGUGAAACAAAGUUGGAAGGAAAUUGAUUGUAAUGGGAGCAUCCUCCAGCACUCCGAGAACGGUGACGGUCGAUAAUAAUUCAUCGGUAGGUGUAAUAGACAUUUCGGACGAUGUAGUUGAACGGCUAAAAUCGGGAAUGCCUUCAAAGGAAGGAAGUCGUUCACACUCUCAAGAUGCGUCUCGUUUUUCCGGGGAAGGCAACGUUCCGAGCUCAUAUCCGAACCCGGUACCACCUAGUUAUUAUGGCGAACCUUCGCUCACAUCUAUGCAGGUUCGAAAGGAAAAAGAACAAGAACUACGAGCCAACGAUAUUUAUUGGAUGAAAAGAUUACAAACUCUAGAGGCAAACCUGCAAAAAACGAAUCAAAUUCUGGAAAAGGAAUACAACGAUGCGAUUGUCGAUGUGAAGAAACGUUUCGAGAACACUGCCGUUAACCACCAGUUGCCUCCGUGCCAGGAUUUGAAGGCAAAGGUUGUCCAAUGUUAUAAGCAAAAUCCGCAUGAGACACUGAAUUGUUCAACUGAUGUGAGAGCCUUCACCGAUUGUGUCAAUCUUCACCGCAUACAGCUGCUACACGAAAAGACAACCCAACAUUAAGGCAUGAAAUGGACAGUAAUUAAAUUAUUUCGAAAAAUGAA